GUGUCAUGGACACGUUUCUGUUUCUGAAUUGGUCCUACAGGAACUAAUAAUCCGUUGCAAUAGUUCGCUAAAUCACACAUUUGACCAUAGUUUUGAUGAAUCGAUUUUGGAAACGUCUAAUGGUGACGAGGACGUGCGUUUCGUGACUUACAUCGAAGACACAGUUGACUUGUUCCCAACCGGGCCUCAUAUGGAUAUGUUAUGCAAUGACAUGACGAAAUUUUCACAAAAAGAUCAUGAACUGAUGAAUUUGGAUAUACUUUUACUACAACGUGACAUUGACUGGGACGUCCCAUUACCCUUUUUGAAGAACCUAAAACAAUCAUCCUGUGCAUCAACCAAUAUCACAAAUUCGAGUAACUCUUUGCAAGUGGAGCAAAGUGAUCCAUCGCAAGGUGCACAAAUGCUGCUGAGUGUGACGGAAUUUGGAAAGACAAAUACCCCAUGCAGCGAACCAUCUUCUAUUUGCAUUCAAGAAUCAAACUUGGAGCAACACCCACGUGAGGAUAAUCAGAAUCAAUCGUUGCAACAAUUGCAGGAAACGGAAGAAGACAACUCAUCCGCUUUUACUGACGCCUUGGUAGUUAUGAUUGAAAUUCAAAAGGAAUGUAUGGCAUACGAGGCGAAAGUUUUGGGUGGCUUCGUUAGAAUGAAUUCUGUAUAUCAGCAACAGCAACACCUUAAGACAGUAGAUGCAGCCAAGUGUUUAAUCAGUCGAAUGUCUCUCACAGAUAGAGAGAAGACCAUUAUUCUAGAUACGAUACAUUGAGGGGUCUUUUUUAAGUUUUAUUUGGUAGAAUGUAAACACUCACGUUAUGAUAUGAUUAUCAUAACGACUGUGUAUGACAAACGAGUUUACUUAGCUUGUGGUCUUAGUGAUGAUUUCUGUUGACUAUCUGUUUGAAAUUUCCAUAAAAUAUUGAUCUGAACUUAGCUAUAGCAAGUAUAUUGUACAACAGGGAUAAUCCAUAAACUGUAAUUAACUUUUUAGUCAAUAUAAUGAAAACAUAAAUCAUAAAAAACUCAAUUUGGAAAGCAUAGUUUGUCUAUGAACUAAUUAUGAAUAACCAUCUAGUUAGUAUAUGACGAGCUUAGAAACAGAUGCAGGACCGAUAAAUAAAAACUGUUUCGUCGUAAUAAUGACAAUUUUUUAGAAGAAAAUAUUGCUUCUUUGGAAGAAUCUAAGAAAAGGCUUCUUUC